AACUACAAGCAAUCAAGAACUUAAAUCUCUUUCAUUUGUAUGCAGACAUCUUCAUAAGCUUCAAGAAGCAAACUUCCAAAAACAAGUAAAAUGGCUAUGGUGAGAAGUCUCUUCAGUGCAAAGAAGAUUCUUGGCGGCUCCUUAACAAGAACAAGCAAAGCACCAAGAGGGUUUCUUGCAGUCUACGUCGGUGAGAGCCAGAAGAAGCAGAGGCACCUUGUGCCAAUCUCAUUCUUGAACCAGCCUUCGUUUCAAGCCCUUCUCAGUAAAUUCGAAGAAGAGUUUGGGUUUGAUCAUCCGAUAGGAGGCUUGAAUCCUUGCCCUGAAGAUACUUUUAUCAGUAUAACUUCUCAGCUUCAAGGAUGAAGAUGAUCCAACAAAAAAGAACUAAUAUAUAUUUAUUUUCUUUUUUAACUCAAACCAGAGAUGAAGGAUUAUUCCAUGUGAAUAGAUGACUUUUUGUCUCCUCUUUUUUCUUUUUAGAGUUUGUUCCAGAGGAUGAUGUGAAUGCCAUUUUGUGUAACAGAGACCAAUUCAUUAUAAGUUGUAGAACAAAAAAAAAUUCGUGAUCAAUCUUUCAUCGAGUACGAAACAAAGUCUUCAA